AUGAGCUCUCUAAGCAAAAAGCUUUCUUCAAGCAUAAUAGGAAUAGACCUGGGAACAACCAACUCCUGUGUGUCUGUAGUUAAGAAUGGGGAGCCUUUAAUAAUAGAAAACCAAGAGGGAGAGCGCACCACACCUUCGGUUGUGUCGAUACUUGGAGACGAAGUUAUUGUAGGCAACCAAGCCAAGAGUAGGAUGUUAAUGAAUCCCAAAAACACAGUGUUUGCAUCCAAAAGACUGAUAGGCCGGAAACUUGAGGAUCCAGAGGUGAAGAAGUAUGUAAAGGGCCUUCCUUUCGAUACAAUGUCUCACUGUAACGGAGAUGUUUGGAUAAAGAUUGAUGGAAAGAAGUAUUCUCCAGCACAAAUAGGUGCGUUUGUACUUUCUAAGCUCAAAAAGAGUGCAGAAUCAUUCUUAAAUCAUCCGGUUGCAAAGUCGGUCAUAACAGUUCCUGCAUAUUUUAAUGAUAGCCAACGUCAGGCAACAAAAGAUGCAGGAAGAAUAGCUGGGCUGGAAGUUGUAAGGGUGAUCAAUGAACCGACAGCUGCAGCACUUGCAUAUGGCCUUGACAAGCUGGCAAAGGGAAAUAUUGCAGUCUAUGAUCUCGGAGGGGGAACCUUUGACAUUUCUAUUCUUGAGCUGAGCAAUGGAGUGUUUCAUGUAAAAGCUACUAACGGAGACACAUUUCUUGGAGGAGAAGAUCUUGACAAUGAGCUUGUGAAGUUUAUUAUUGAAGACUUUAGGUUGAAGGAGGGAGUUAACUUGGGUGAAGAUAUAAAUGCACUAACGAGAAUCAAGGAGUGUGCAGAAAAGAUAAAGAAGGAUUUAUCUUCGUCUCUUUCCUCAAGAAUCAACAUACCAUACAUAUGUAGUAUUGAAGGAAAGCCAAAGCAUCUAACCAGAGAAAUCACCCGGGACGAGUUGGAGAGAGUGGUUAAGAAGAUUGUGGAUCGUACUAUUGAGCCAUGCAAGAAAGCACUUAGGGAUGCAGGGAUGGAGGGUUCGGAUAUCAAACACGUGAUACUGGUGGGGGGAAUGACCCGGAUGCCAUAUGUCCGAAGGGUAGUCAAGGAGGUGUUUGGAAUUGAACCUUCUACCGGUAUCAAUCCCGAUGAAGCCGUUGCAAAGGGAGCAGCAUUGCAGGGAGGAGUUCUUACGGGAGAGGUUGAUAAUGUGCUUCUCCUGGAUGUUGCACCUCUAAGCCUAGGAAUUGAACUCCUUGGAGGAGUGUUUAACAAGAUAAUAAGAAGGAAUACAACAAUUCCAUUUAAAGAAACACAGACGUUUUCUACGUCAGAAGAUAAUCAAACAGAGGUGGACAUCAAGGUAUACCAGGGGGAGAGAUCCAUGGCAUUGGAUAACAAGUAUCUAGGACAGAUCAAGCUCAAGGAUAUUCCUCCUCUUCCUCGAGGAGUGCCUAGGAUUGAAGUGACGUUUGAGUCCGAUGCUAACGGGAUGUACAAAGUAACUGCACAGGAUAGUGUCACAAAGAAGCCGCAGUCUCUAGAGAUAAUUCCAUCUAGUGGAUUAACAGAGGAGGAGAUAAACAAAAUGGUGGAGGAAGGAGAAAAGCAUAGACACUUAGAUGAGAUAAAAAGGAGGAAAGCUGAGCUUAUUGUUUCUUCGGCCGAGUUUCUUCGAAGACCAUCCUCAAGCUUGGCAAAAAUCUCCAAGGACUGCUUAGACACGAUUAAAAGAGCUGUGUCUGGAGAGGAGUUUGAUUUGGAAGAAACAAAGCAAGCACUGGAAAAUGCAAAGAAAGCCAUCUCUUGA